AUGGCUGCUGAUGCAGAGUCUUUUAAAGCCGAGGGUAACUCCUACUACUCUCAAGGGCUGAAUCAAGAGGCAGUAGAUUCCUAUACGAAAGCCAUUGGCAUUAGUAAUAGCAAUCCUGUUUACUAUUCCAACAGGGCAGCUGCAUACAUGAAACUGGGCCGUUGGCAGGCAGCUUUGGAUGAUUGUAACAAAGGGCUCAGUUUUUCACAUGAUGUGAAAUUGGGAUCCAAAUUAUACUGGAGACAGGGCAUUUGUCAUAGAGAAUUGGGCUCACUUUCUCUUGCCGAGGAAUCUUUCAAUGAAGGGCUCCGAAGGGACCCUUCUAAUAGUGUUCUAAGAGAAGAAUUGGCCCGAUUGCAAGAUAUAUUAUCGUCAGCACCGGUAGCACAGACCGAUUCAGGUCUGUCAGAAAUCAAAAAUAAUGACUCAACAGCCUCGCCAAUUAAUGCAUCUGAAUCAGAAACUACUAUUCCCAUCCAAGUCGUGGAUACCUUACCAGAUAUCUUCUCUGAACCGUCUGCGAAGGUUAUAUCUCAUGAUGAUAGCAACAAAACUUCACAUCUGCAUCCUUUAGAAUCUAUCCCCACUGCAACUGAUGAAAAACGAAAUGUUCAAGAUAUCGCAUCACCCUCUGCAUCAACGUCUGCUCAGCCUGCUCUACCAUUGCAAAUUCCGUCUCCUCUUACAUUUUACAAUCUUAUGCAACUCAUGAGAACUCCAAAAUCACAACUACCACAAGUUUAUGACCAUAUUUUCUUCAAUGUCCCACCCUCGCGAUACGCUGAAAUACACCAAACCGGUGGUAUAGACUACGAAGUCAUCGAGUUUGUCUUAGACAGCAUCGCUUUCGUAGCUACAAACGCUCAAGACAAGAACUGGGCUUCACGUGCCGUUGAUAUCCUUGAAGGACUCGCCCAUUGCAAUCGGUUCAGCAUGUCGAAAAUGUUCGUCUCCACCAAACGAGUCCAGGAAGUUCAGCGGCUUCUGGCAGAGUCCAAGCUUGACGCCUCGACACUUUCCCGUAUUAAUGAUUUGUAUACGUGA